GUAACCGGCGAUGUGGCAGCCUCCCGUCGGGACCGUUCAUGAGCCCUGGGAGCCAUGGGACCCUUGCAGGGGCGGGCACGCGCGCGCCUGGGUCUGGGAGAAGGCCUCCUGCGGGAGGCGACCCGGGAGUUUCUAGACUGACUGGGGAUUAGCUGGGAAAAAAGUAAAAAGCCUUCCAGGCAUUGGGACUGUCACAUCUGACAAGAUAAAGCUGCCGGAGAAUGGACAGUGAGGUCCAGAGAGAUGGAAGGAUCUUGGAUUUGAUUGAUGAUGCUUGGCGAGAAGACAAGCUGCCUUAUGAGGAUGUCGCAAUACCACUGAACGAGCUUCCUGAACCUGAACAGGACAACGGAGGCACCACAGAAUCUGUUAAAGAACAAGAAAUGAAGUGGACAGACUUAGCCUUACAGUACCUCCAUGAGAACGUUCCCCCCAUAGGAAACUGACCCUCGGCUCCUUUUUCAGGGACAGAUUUUUUAAAAAUACAUAGAUACAGAAUGUUUUCUUCCAGUCUCCUAAUUGAAAUCUUUUAGUAAUAGAUCAGCGCUCAAAAAUGUACACCCACUUAGUUUGUGGCAGCAAAGUGCAAUGUGGAGAUACUCACCAGAGCGAGAAACUGAUUGAGAUUUCUCAGGAGUGCAGAAUAUCCGGCUCUCUGAACCUAAAGUUCUUCAUUCACUGGCUUGUGUCUGAACAUCAUGAGUUAAACAUUUGCCUUUAACUCUGAUUUUGCUUUACUAUCAGAGCUUAACACAUCCCAACUGCUUAUCUGUGUCCUGUGACACGGGUGAUUAAAAAUA